GUGGAAAAAACCCUGGUCUUGUAAGAGAUGGGAGGGAUGUCGUGUCUAUGGAAGGGCUAUUGUAGACAUGUCGAUGGUGUAGCAGCUGGUGGCAUAUCCCUUUACUCUGACCGCCAACGAUAAGCCCCUCCCCAACAAGACUCUGAUCUCCUCUUCCUCCCCUCCUCUUUUACCGUGCUCUGCAGCACUCUAUCACAUCUCAAUGCCUCUACAGUCGCUUGUCCCUUCUCAUCUGAUCAUCGUCUGCUGCCAUGCCAUCUACCUAGGCCCUGGGCCGCACUCUGCGAGCGAGGACGAGUCCAACUGGCUAAUUGAGCCCUUUCAGGCGGGUGAAACGGACACGUACGUAAAGCAUGUCGAGGCUGGCAUCAAGGAGUUGGCGAGAGACAGGGAGCACGCAAUUCUGGUCUUCAGCGGUGCGGCCACCAAGCCUGACAAGACGCCGCUCACCGAGGCGGAAGGGUAUUUGAACGUCGCCCUUGAGCACGAUCUCUUCGGCUUGGAGACUACUCCCCCAACGCUGAGACAACGCAGCUUCGUCGACCGCUACGCCACGGACUCGUACCAAAACAUUCUCUGCUCGCUGGUCCAGUUCCCUCUCUUUGUCCAACAACUGCAGUCCCGGAAUCUGACAAAAGCCACAAUCCCACCACCGCCGACUCCCCAGAGUGCCCCGACUCGUACCCCUACCCAGAAUGUCGACGAUGACGACGACGACGAGAAGCAAGGGGGCGAAACUACCAGGACACCCUUCCCAACCAAGCUCACAAUAAUCUCCCACGCCUUCAAACGAGCCCGCUUCCUCAACCUGCACCUCCCCGCCCUCCGCUUCCCGCUCCAGUCAACUGUAUACGUCGGUAUCAACCCGCCUUUCACCCCGGUCAAACUCGCAGAGAUCGAGGAGGGCGAUCGACUUCGUGGCUACGGCGCGUGGGAGAAGGAUCUGUAUGGCGCUGGCGAGGGCUUAAGCAAGAAGAGAGACAAGAGAGGUUGGGACGGCGAGGAGUUCAGGAGGGAGGUGUUGGAGAGGUUCGGCAACGGGAAACGCAAAGGCGAGCUGGAAGGUCUGGUGUUUUGGGACGGUGGGAUGAGCGGGACGACUUUGUGGCAGGGAAGCGUCCCGUGGGAAUGAGAUUUGACAUCGAAAUGUGCGGUUCACUGAUGUAUUGCGAGAUAAGACGAAAAUUCUAUCAGUUACCUUAGACGAGCUAUUCCUAUCU